AUGGUGGAGAUUGUCGGUGGUAAUGAAGGAAACUUCAAACUGGCACCCAAUAAACACGCGCAUGGCUCCCCACAAGAAAAAAAAACCUUCAAGGAGGAGGUCCAGGUGUCACUCGGACAGAAGGAUCGCGAGGGCUGGAUCGUUUCCGGACUGGCCCACAUCUACGCCAGCUUCAACGACACCUUUGUCAACGUCACAGAUCUGUCUGGCAAGAAAACGAUCUACGGCGGCAUUUAAGUCAAGGUCAAUCACGACGAGCAGCCCUACGGUGCUCAGGAUGCCGCCGAGAAGUUUUAUUUGCUGGGGAUCACCGCGCUGCGCAUUAAUUUGCCUAAGGAGGAAAUGGCACUCCGUGCCAUGGCCUGUUCGUCGAUGAAAAUUGGCCGAAUCGAGGACGUGACGUCAAUCCCGUCCGAUUCGAUCCGCCGUAAGGUAGGUCGGUCCUUUUUGUGGCACUGUACGAAUUUCCAUUCCACAUUCAAAAAUGUAACAAUUGAAGAAAUUCGGAACUAAAUAUUUGGUGACACUUUGUUGUCAAGAAGAAAAACCAAUUUGAAACAGGAAAGUGUCAUGAGUACUACGAUCUUGUUUACCAAUUUAGUACCUGUAACUUGACUGUGGUGGCGCUCGGAGCGCUAAAGGGGUGUCGCCAACUGGAUGUAUGGAAAAAUCCCGAAGUGAGACAUCUA